AUGAGCGGAAAGGAGAACCAGAAUGGCGGCGCCGUCGGAGAGGCCAUCAACACCGACAUCAUCACCCUGACGCGGUUCUUGACCGAGGAGCAGGCAAAGCACAAGGAGGCGACGGGAGACUUCACACUACUCUGCCACGCGCUGCAAUUCGCGUUCAAGAGCAUAUCGUACUAUAUCCGGCGCUCCACGCUGAUCAACCUUACUGGACUUGCUGGCAACACAAACUCAACGGGCGACGACCAGAAGAAGCUCGACGUAAUCGGCAACGACCUCUUCAUCAGCGCGAUGCGCUCCUGUGGUCGCGUGCGCCUGCUCGUCUCAGAGGAGGAGGAAGAAUGCAUCACCUUUGACGAGUUCCCCUCCGCCCGGUACGCAGUCGCGUGCGACCCCAUCGACGGCUCGUCCAACCUCGACGCCGGCGUGUCCGUCGGCACAAUCUUCAGCGUGUACAAGCUCGAUGAGGGCGCAAAGGGGACGAAAGAGGAUCUCCUCCUCGCCGGCACCGAAAUGGUGGCCUCGGGAUUCACCAUGUACGGCGCCUCCGCGCAGCUCGUCAUCACCAUGAAGGGCGGUAACGUCAACGGCUUCACCCUCGACAACAACUUCGGCGAGUUCAUCCUGACCCAUCCCAACAUGCGGAUCCCGAAGAAGCGCGCGAUUUACUCCGUCAACGAGGGCAACAGCUUGUACUGGGAGGAGCCCGUCAAGGAGUACAUUAACGGCCUCAAGUACCCUGCUGAGGAGGGCGGCAAGCCGUAUUCCGCGAGGUAUAUUGGAAGCAUGGUGGCGGAUGCAUACAGAACGCUGUUGUACGGCGGCAUCUUUGCGUAUCCCGCGGACAAGAAAUCGCCAAAGGGAAAACUGCGGAUUCUGUACGAGUGUGCGCCCAUGGCCAUGGUGUUUGAGAAUGCCGGCGGCCUCGCAGUCAACAGCAAGAUGCAGCGCAUGAUGGAGGUCGUCCCCGAGCACAUCCACGACCGGAGCGGCAUCUUCAUGGGCUCCGAACAGGAGGUCCAGCGCGUCAUCGACGUGCACAAGAAGCACCAGAAGUGA